AUGUCGUCCAUUGAAGUAUCUCUAAUGGCGUCAAAUCAUAAAUCAGACUCAAAUGUGGAGCGCACUGUGCCAAAACCGCAAAGACCGCCUCCUCCUCCGCCAUCACAUUCAGCACAAUUGCAAACUUCCAAUGAGCAAAUGAUCAAAUGUCCUGAACUUGAGACGCAUACACCAUCAGUAGAACCAUCGCUUUUAUCGGAAUUUCGACGUCUGUUCGAUCCGUUCGAUUACGAAUCAGUUCGUGAAGCCAUUCUCAGUCGUCAAAUGACACGAUGCCAUUUCACUACUGUUCUGUGGCGUGUUUUUCUUCAUUGUUUACCACGUGAUUCAACGCAAUGGAAUGAUAUGCUUGAGACAUCUCGCCGUGAUUAUGAAAAACUUGUAGAUAAAUACAAAAUCGAUCCAUAUAAAAUGAGUGAUGAGAAUUGUGGUACGAAAACCAUCAAUCAUCCUCUAUCUCGCGACGAAAACGUAAGCUUAUGGGCACAGUAUUUUGCUGAUGAAGAACUCAAAGCAACUAUUACAAUAGAUGUGCGACGAACCUGGCCUGAUAUUGCAUUUUUCCGCGAUCCUCGUAUGAUAGAUCUUCAAUUACGAAUACUCUUCAUUCACAGUCGACAUCAUCAUAAAAUAAUGCCAUACCGCCAGGGUAUGCACGAAAUACUUGGUAUUAUUGUAUAUGUUAUCCAUUCGGAAAUUUUGAAAAUUAAUCAAUGCCCAGAAACGAAUGAGUUAAUGAAGAAACUAUACGAUUCACAAUAUCUUGAACAUGAUGCUCAUGCGAUAUUCGAAAAAAUUAUGGAUCAUCUCCGGCAAUUCUAUGCGCUAACAAAAAAUAAUUCAGUGAUACACAAAAGUGCCAGUGUCAACAAUACGAAACAGAUUCCGUUUCAACGACUCAAUGAUCUACAAGUGUCCACAAACGACACGGUCGCACGAAUCAACUCCAUUUUUGAACGUUUGAGACAGUGUGAUCGAGCAGUGCACAGUAAACUAACAGAACUCAAUAUUGAACCAACUUUCUACGGCAUACGUUGGCUUCGAGUUUUAUUCGGAAGAGAAAUCCCAUUCGAAUCUAUUCCAAAUCUCUGGACGGUGAUUUUCUGUUUUGAUGAACACUUUGGAUUUGUUGAUCAUUUCUUUCUUGCUCUUCUGAUGGAAGUUGUGCACAUCAUUGAAAAACAAGGAGAUGUCUGUCAUAGUAGUUAUUUACAAUCAUUCAUGAAACAGAAUGUGAUCAACAAUGAUGAGUUAGUGAUUCGCAAAGCUCUUAACUUAACGGGAAGACAGUUACACAUUCCAGCCGAAGAAUCAAUCACAUCGCCUAUGAAGAACACUGAUGGAACCCAGAUACAUUCCACCGAGAAGAAUGAUCGAGAUAGUGCUCCUAGAACAAGCGAACUUCAACGUGUAUUCAUUGCACCGGCACCGAAUCCUCGCUUGACACGCCCUCAUAUAACCGACGUACGAAAAUCAAUGUCACCUCCUGAAACCAAUCAUCUGAUGAAUACAAUCAAACGCAGUACUUCCAGUAACAACACAUAUCCAAUUUCACCACAACCAGAAGUAUCCAAAUCAACUGACUCGAAUGCAAUCACAGAUCUCGAACCAGACUUAUGGGCCGGCAAAACGAUUCGUCAAAAGUAUGAGGAUAAUAGUCGAAUACAGAAAUCUUGUGCUCAAUAUAUGAACAAAUUUAUUGAACGUUUACAAGAUCAAGUGUGCGAACUGAAAUUACCCAAUGAAGAUGAACUAUUAAUUCAAAUAUCCGGAUUAAAACAAAUCGCUAAUAUUUUAGAUGGUAAACUAACCUUUGACGGUGAUUCUCUUCAAACACUUCUUAAUUAUAAAUCGAAAGAAAGUCCAAUUGAAGCAAAUGAUAAUAACUCAAGUGAAUUAUCGUAA